CUCUCUCUCUCUCUCUCUCUCUCUCUUUCUCUCUCUCUCUGCCACCCAAAUUUGCCGGAACGUUAAUGAGACUUGACAAAGGUCGGGGCUUGAGCCACCCCAGUUGGGAAACUUGAGCCGUGUGAUCUUGAUAUCAUAAGAGGGAGGGAGGGAGCUGAGGGAAAGGAUGAGUAAUCCGAAGUCUCCGAGGAUGAGGACCCGGGUCGGCAAGUACGAGCUGGGAAAGACUCUCGGGGAGGGUACCUUUGCCAAGGUCAAGUUCGCCAAGAACACAGAAACCGGGCAGUGCGUGGCCAUCAAAAUCCUUGAUCGUGAGCAAGUCCUCAAGCACAAGAUGGUUGAACAUAUAAAAAGAGAGAUAUCGACAAUGAAGCUGAUCAAACACCCGAAUGUGACACAGAUGUUUGAGGUUAUGGCAAGCAAAACUAAGAUCUACAUUGUUCUCGAGUUUAUUGAUGGGGGUGAGCUCUUUGACGAAAUAGCCAAGAAUGGAAGAUUAAAAGAGGAAGAUGCCAGGAGAUACUUUCAGCAGCUUAUUAAUGCUGUGGAUUACUGUCAUAGUCGAGGCGUGUACCAUAGGGAUUUAAAGCCAGAAAAUCUUCUCUUGGAUUCAUUUGGGGUCCUUAAAAUUUCAGAUUUUGGAUUGAGUACAUUUGAACAGCAAGUGCGGGAAGAUGGGCUGCUUCAUACUGCCUGUGGGACUCCAAAUUAUGUUGCUCCUGAGGUUCUGAAUAAUAAAGGAUACGAGGGUACAUCAUCUGAUGUUUGGUCUUGUGGGGUGAUCCUGUUUGUACUUAUGGCCGGUUACCUGCCUUUCGAUGAACCAAAUCUUAUAGCUCUGUACCGAAAGAUAUGCAAAGCGGAAUUUUCAGGUCCAACAUGGUUUUCUUCCGGCGCAAAGAAACUGAUACACCGUAUACUUGAUCCAAACCCUGCUACGAGGAUGACAAUUCCCGAGAUAUUAGAAAAUGAUUGGUUUAAGAAAGAUUACAAGCCAGCACAAUUUAAAGAAGAAGACAAUAUAAAUCUUGAUGAUGUGGAUGCUGUUUUCAACAAAUCGAAGGAAAAUUUGGUAACAGAAAGGAGAGAAAAACCUACAUCGAUGAAUGCUUUUGAGCUUAUUUCUCGGUCACAGAGUUUCAAUCUAGAAAAUUUAUUUGAGAAGCAGAUGGGUCUUGUGAAACGAGAAACCCGUUUUACUUCUCAACGCCCAGCAAAUGAAAUCAUGACUAAGAUUGAGGAAACUGCAAAGCCUUUGGGUUUUAAUAUCCACAAGAAAAACUACAAGAUGAAAUUGCAAGGUGAUAAGCAUGGAAGGAAGGGUCACCUCUCUGUGGCCACUGAGGUAUUCGAGGUGGCUCCCUCUGUGCACAUGGUAGAACUCAGGAAAACUGGUGGUGACACACUCGAGUUUCACAAGUUCUAUAAAAACUUCUCAUCCGGGUUGAAAGACAUUGUGUGGAACUCGGAAGAAACUACCAACGAAGGAUCAAGGUGAUAAUCACCCCUAUCUUCCUCUCUGACUCUUCAACUACUCGUCUGUGCAGGUCAUAACAAACUCUUUUCUUUUCAUGUCCAAUUG